CGCUUGUCCCAUAAGUACAGCAUACCAAUAAACAUUAACUUUAACGUUAGUUUGAGAAUUAUAUUGAAAGAGUGAGCACUGAAAUCAGAUAAACUGCAGGUUGAUUGCAUGGGAAGAAAUGGGUACAGAUGCUGAAAAUUGGCUCCAGAGGACUUAUCCUGAGCUGUUUCAAGACUGGAGAGAAGCAUAUUUGAAACCUGUGAGGCAGGAGAAAGUAUCUAAUCCUGAGUGUAGAAUCUGCCAGCUUCGUCCAAAUACAGGUUUACACUACGGAAUCUACACCUGUGAAGCGGAUAAACAGUUUCUAAAACGAACCUUUCAUGAUAAGUUUGUUUACAAGAUUUGUACACUAGGCUGCCCACCUAGGCUCAGAGGUUGGUGCCAGUACUGUAGACUAAAAUCCUCCCUGAUGGUUGGGAUUAAUCUCAAGAUGAUCAGGAUCGGAGACAAACAGAAGAAAGUUGAGAAAUCACCCCGAACCAAGUCAAGUAAGAAGAAUGAGGACGCGUUUUCUCUGGUUAAAAUGGAACCUUGCAUAAAGGAGGAGAAACCGGAUGAAUCCUGGAUCUCUUACAGUACACUGGAACAGACCGGAAAUGAGAAAAUGUACGAAAACUAUCCUCUACAACAAGGAUUCGGAACAUAUUCAUCUUGUGAAGAGCAGGAUCGUGGGUUUAGAUCGUAUACUAUUUCUCAACAGUAUGUUGAUCACUGUCAUCCUUUCUACCAUCCUACUCCGUCCAUGAUGAGUCAAUCAAACGAGGGGUUUAGAACUCAUUUACCAGUUCAUCAGGACAGAUUUGGAUCGUUUUCUCCGGAGAAUGCAUCCUACCAGGAAUUGAACAGUUACUCUAAUUCCGAGUUUAAUUAUCCGCAAAAGUACCCGGUUCAACCUACGCCAGUUUAUCAAACAGAAUAUAUUCAGAAUUUCUGGGAGCAGCAACUUUAUCCGUCAUUAACAGAGAAGUGGAUUCACGGACAUAAGAGUGUAUCUCCUAUCCUGUCCAAACCCAACGAUAGCGGGAUGUUUAACCUGACUCAGAGUGCUCCUCUAGAUCUGUCAUCAUCCUCAUCCUCGUCUUCCCGUCCUCCGUCCCGUCCCAACUCCACGGAUAGUUUAUCAGGGAGAUCAUCUCCAAGAAGCCGGAGAGUAUCUGGAAUAUCUGAUGUUGGAACUUCGUUCAAUAAACUCUCAGUAAACUCGACUGUUCUCCAGGAUGCUCUAAGGUUGGUACAAGGCAGCCUGUCCCCUGGUAAUCUGAAGAAUAUCUCCCACGUUUCAGAUGUACUCUCAGAGUAGUACUGUACAGCGUUUACUGUACAAUUAUACAAUUGUACAUAAGUAGUUUGUUUAACAGUGCCAGGCCCUAGUUCUGGUUUGGUUUGGUGUUCGAAGUUCUGUCAACGUUAAUUCCAUUUCGAUUCACAAUAGUAACCUUUGUCUGAUCAAGCAUGAUGCGAGAUAUCAUUGUUGUUCUUGUUGAAAAGUGAUAAUGUUCCAUCGUGAUUUAUACACUAAUGACAAGAAAGAAGGUCGACAUAAUUUAUGUAUUUCAAGAUGAAAAAACUGACGAUAUCUUUGUUACCUGUGUUCAGAUUAAGGUUUAAAAGUGAUUGUUGUGAAUCGAAUUGUAACUCUCUGAAUAAGCUGGGUAACAUUAAAUAACAUCAACAAUUACUGUAAUGUUGUGUAAAACCUAACUUUUAUCAACUUUUAAAUCUACAAUUACAGAUCAUCAGACACCAUUUAUAUCGCCUUAUUAAGUCAAAACUUUGGUCAAAUCAAAUAUUUGUUUUAAAUAAGUUCAUUUAUUAUACAUGCAACAUCUUUAUUCUCGCAGAAUGUAAAAUAUUUCUCCCUUGUCAAUAUUCUACAGAAUAUAAAAUAUAUAAUAAACAA